UGCGUAAGAAGCGGCAGAGCCUAGGGAUCUUUAUCGUUAUUUUUCACGUGUAAUAAUGUGAGGUUAUUUCACGUGUAACAAAGUUGUUAUUAGAUACCAAUUAUUACUGUUUUUAUUAGUCUUUGUAACUUCAUGCACUUUUAGUAAACGAAAAUGACUCGAUUUGCACGAGCAAAAGGUUCGAAAGCUUCUAAUGAAAGAGUACCUAAUGAUGCUACACCAUGGCAUGUAAUGAAGCAACAAUUAACAGAGAAUGUGGCCAAACAACAAGAACAUUUGAUAAGAAAUAAAUCUGCAAAAGAACUUUUACAAGACAAACAAAAUUUAUUUUACUGCGAUGUUGGUAAUGUUAAUAAUGACUGGGCAGAAUUUGAAGAAAGUUCUAUGACAAAAAGUAAGUAUCCAGUGAAGAAGAAAACCAAAAAAAAGCAAGAAGCAUCUGUACAUUCAAAUAUACUUCAGAUGAAUAAAAGUAUGCUUUCAGACACUGUUGAAAUUUGUAAUGAAGAUAAAACACAUGUAAAUGUUAAAGAUAAAAAGAAGUCAUCUUUAAAGAGGAAUAUCAGUGAAGUUGAUAAUUCUACAACAAACAUCAAACUUAAAAAGCGUAAACAAGACAAGGAUCAAUCUGGCAACAUAAGUAGUACCCAAAACAAUCAUUCUAUUGAUGAGGUUAAUGUAAAAACUAAUGAAGCAGAUGCAAAUCAUAGUAAAUUAAAUAAAAUUAAAAAAAAGAAACAUAGUGAUGGAAAGUCUGUAGAUACAUUGAUAGAAAGCAGUAAUGCUUCAAAACUUGACAAAGGUAAACAAAAUGCAUCACAUGAUACAUAUAAUACAACAAAGGAGAAGGAAGAUAUGUUACCUAAACAUCAGAAGCAUAAUAUGAGAAAACAGAAGAACAAUAUUAAUACAAAUACAUCGGAAACAAAUGGAAAUACUACUAAGCUAAAGACAAAAUUUAAAAAUAACAAUAAUAAUGGAGAACGACAGAAUAAUCAAAACACUGAAACAAAUAAGCACGAAGAAAACAUCCAUGUCACCAAACAAUUUAAUAAAAAAUUUGUUAAUAAUCCAAAUAAAUUUCAUACAAAACAGUUUGAAAAUAAUAGAAUUAAUAAAAGGAAAGCUCCUAAAAUUAGGGAUGAUAAAGAGCACAAAAGAAGGAAAGCAGAUUUAGGUCCUACAAAAGUAGUUAUCAAUGGUGUUGAAAUAGAGAUUGUUAAGUUUGGUGGGUUUCCAGUUAGAAAAGAAGAUGCAGAACGAUUACAUGAACUGAAACAAAAAAUGAUCAUGAAAGGUAUUCCAAAGAAGGAAACAGAUGCAGCAAUAAAGCUAGAAAGAAGAAAAGCAGAGAAAGCAUUAGCACGUAUUAGGAAGUGUGUCUGUUUCCAUUGUAGAAAAGCAGGUCACAAUUUGUCAGAUUGUCCUGAACUUGGAAUAGAACAAGCAGGAACUGGAAUCUGUUUUAAAUGUGGAUCAACAGAACAUACUCAUUUUGAAUGUAAAGUAGCUAAGCCAACAGAAUUUAGAUAUGCUACUUGUUUCAUUUGUCGAGAGCAAGGACACAUUGCUAAACAAUGUCCUGAUAAUCCUAAAGGAGUUUAUCCUCAAGGAGGUUCUUGCAAAGUCUGUGGAGAUGUCACACAUUUAAAAAAAGAUUGCCCAGAUUUAAUUAAAGAAAAAGAAGAAAAUACCAUUACUGUAAACUCAAUUGCAAAUGGUAAUUUAGAAUCUUUAGAAGAGAAUGUGAAGAUAGUCGAGGAGAAAACUAAUAAGAAAUCUAAAAAAGUAGUGAAAUUUUAACACAAGCCUGUACGAUACACGAAACAUAUACACUUGUUUAAAGUAAAAACUUUUUUGUACAUAUUUCAGUGAACUGCACUUAAUGUAAACAUAAGAUUUAUUGAAAGGUACAUGUGUUUGACAUGUAUAUACAUAUACAUUUUCUUCAUACGUACAUUGUAGUGUUAUUUAAAUAACACUAUUUCUCGAAAAAUCUGAUAUCAAACUAUUCAUAAUGAAUAUUUUUAUAAUUCAUAUAUUGUCUAUUUACAUUAUACUCGAAUUUAUAAAUCAGUUAAAACUUUUUACAUAUUAGUUGUACAAUGAAAUUAUGAAAUUAUCUAGUUUAAAUAAAUUUUCCUAAAAUAAAGGAAUAAAUUAUUUAUUUAAUUCAGCGAUAUCAGAUUUUUUCUAUGUACAGAAGACAAAUUACAACGAUAUAUUUAGAUAUACGUAUAUUAUCUGUACAUAGCAGUAAUUUGUUAUACAUAUACAUCAGCAUUUUUUUGCAAAAGUUUUUAGCAUUAAUUUAAAAGUCAUUCUUUUCCAUUCAACUUGUUAUGUAAAUGACAUGUAAGAAAUAAAAACAUGUAAUUAAUAUUUCAUUAUCAUAAUCAUUUUUCUAAUUAUUUUACGAAUCAAUAAUCUGUACAAUUUGUAUACUUAAAAUAACGUUCUUUGAAGUACGAAUUCUACGAAUAUAUAUUUAUAUUUGUACCUCUAUAUUACAUUUGUCCUUAUACUACACUAUGUAUAAUAUAUAAACUUUCUAUACUUUAAAUUAA